UUGACGUAAGGGAAUGUGAUUGGACAAAAGCUGAGGUAUAUAGUUCUUAGGCAGCUGCUCCUCCCUUUCGCCAGUGAAGUUUCACUACAAGCUUCUGCACCACACAGGGCAGACAGGAACACAAACACAAGCAAAAGCUGGCAGGCUGACACGACCGAGCAGCUCUACAGGACGGAUUAUCUGGUAACUGACCAUUUAGCUGUGGCACACUCGGACUCUGUGUAAACGUGGGAUUUCGACCAUGAGCUCAGUCGCUGUACUUACGCAAGAAAUCUUUAAUGAGCAUCGCAGUGGCCUUCUGCCAGAGCAGGUUAAAGCUCCUGGUGCGAGCCCAAGCAGUGCAGAAGAGGAGGACAGUCUCCCCACCUACAAGGAUGCCUUUCCACCUCUGCCUGAAAAAGCUUCAUCACCAGAGGGAGUGCAUGAGGCUGGAAAUGCCUGGGCAUCUAAGCUCAAACCCCUCAAGUCCUCUGUAAUUACCCAGGUUUUCCAUGUACCUCUGGAAGAGCGCAAGUACAAGGACAUGAACCAGUUUGGAGAAGGAGACCAGGCUAAAGUGUGUCUUGACAUCAUGCACAAGACUGGAGCUCACCUGGAACUCUCCAUGGCUAAGGACCAGGGCCUCUCCAUAAUGGUGUCUGGGAAACAUGAUGCAGUCAUGAAGGCCCGCAAAGAAAUUGUGUCCCGACUGCAGACUCAGGCUUCAGCUACUGUAGCCAUCCCUAAAGAACACCAUCGCUAUGUCAUCGGCAAGAGUGGGGAGAAGCUGCAGGAGCUAGAGCUGAAAACUGCCACCAAGAUCCAGAUCCCUAGACCAGACGACACCAAUAACCACAUCAAGAUCUCUGGAACCAAGGAAGGCUUAGAGAAGGCCAAGCAUGAGAUUCUUCUCAUCUCUGCUGAACAGGAUAAGCGGGCAGUGGAAAGAAUGAACAUUGAAAAGGUGUACCAUCCUUUCAUCACUGGAGCUUACAACAAACUUGUAACGGAAUUGAUGCAGGAAACAGGAGCCCGCAUUAAUAUCCCUCCACCCAGUGUGAACAAAACUGAGAUUGUCAUAACUGGGGAGAAAGAGCAGGUGGCCCUGGCCAUGGUCAAGAUCAAAAAGAUUUAUGAGGACAAGAAGAAGAAUGCAACCACUAUUGCAGUGGAGGUGAAGAAAUCUCAACACAAGUAUGUGAUUGGGCCUAAGGGUAACACCCUACAAGAGAUCCUGGAAAGGACUGGUGUCUCGGUCGAGAUCCCACCUCUCGACAGCAGCUCAGAGACCGUAAUCCUGCGUGGGGAGCCAGACCGGCUGGGCCAGGCACUCACUGAAGUGUAUGCCAAGGCCAACAGUUACACUGUGUCCUCAGUCUCUGCUCCCUCUUGGCUUCAUCGCUUCAUUAUUGGCAAGAAAGGACAGAAUCUGGCAAAGAUCACACAGCAAAUGCCCAAGGUGCACAUUGAGUUUACUGAGGGAGAGGACAAGAUCACGCUGGAAGGACCUACCAAAGAUGUACAGAUAGUACAGGGCCAGAUUGAAGCCAUUGUCACAGAUCUGGUUAGCCGGAUGGAUUACACAGAGAUUAGUGUGGACCCCAAGUUCCACCGACACUUAAUUGGCAAAGGCGGUGCAAACAUUAAUCGCAUAAAGGAACAGUACAAAGUGUCAGUCCGUAUUCCACCUGACAACGAGAAGAGUACCCUGAUCCGUAUUGAGGGUGACCCUCAGGGAGUGCAAGAGGCCAAGAAGGAGCUGCUGGAGCUAGCGUCACGCAUGGAGAACGAGCGUACAAAGGACAUGAUCAUUGAACAGCGUUUUCAUCGAGCCAUCAUCGGACAGAAAGGGGAGAGAAUUAAGGAAGUUCGGGACAAGUUUCCUGAGGUUAUCAUCAACUUCCCUGACCCAGCGCAGAAAAGUGACAUUGUACAACUACGUGGACCUCGCACUGAGGUGGAGAAAUGCACAAAAUUUAUGCAGAAAGUGGUGGCUGAAAUGGUUGAGAAUAGCUAUUCAGUCUCGGUGCCCAUUUUCAAGCAAUUCCACAAAAACAUAAUUGGCAAAGGAGGCGCAAAUAUAAAGAAGAUCCGUGAAGAGACUAACACUAAAAUUGACCUGCCUGCGGAAAACAGCAACUCAGAAAUGAUUGUCAUUACUGGAAAGAAGGCAAACUGUGACGCAGCAAAAAAUAGGAUCCUGGCCAUUCAAAAAGAACUGGCAAAUAUUACAGAGGUUGAAGUUUCCAUACCCUCAAAACUACACAACUCCCUAAUUGGCACCAAGGGGCGUUUUGUGCGUUCCAUUAUGGAGGAGUGUGGUGGCGUGCACAUCCAUUUCCCCACAGAGGGCUCUGGCAUUGAUGCAGUGACAAUCAGAGGCCCAGCCGAUGAGGUGGAGAAAGCCAAGAAGCAGCUGCUUUCCUUGGCAGAAGAGAAGCAAACUAAAAGCCACACAGCUGAGCUGCGUGCCAAACCUGAAUACCACAAGUUCCUUAUCGGUAAAGGAGGUGGAAAUAUUCGGAAGGUACGUGACAGCACGGGUGCCAGGAUCAUCUUCCCGACUGCUGAGGACAAGGAUCAGGAGCAGAUCACAGUCAUUGGUACAGAGGAAGCUGUAGCUGAAGCACAGAAGGAGUUGGAGGCACUCAUUAAGAGCUUGGAUAACGUGGUAGAGGAUUUAAUGACCGUUGAUCCCAAGUACCAUCGUUUUUUUGUGGCACGUCGUGGUCAAGUCCUGAGGGAGAUUGCUGAGGAGUAUGGUGGUGUUAUCGUCAGUUUUCCCCGAACUGCCUCUCAGAGUGAUAAGGUCACUUUGAAGGGGGCCAAAGAUUGUGUGGAGGCUGCUAAAAACCGCAUGCUGGAGUUGAUUGAGGAUUUGGAUGCGCAAGUGACCAUGGAGUGUGUGAUCCCUCAGAAGUUCCACCGCUCCAUAAUGGGGCCAAAGGGCUCACGCAUACAGCAGAUUACUAAAGACCACAAUGUUCAAAUCAAGUUUCCAGACAGAGAGGACCAACAAGCUUCUUCAACUGAUGCUCCAGUGCAGGAGAAUGGAGAGGCCAAUGGAGAGGUGAAAGAGCCUGCUGAUCAUUUGGCCCCAAAGAAGUGUGACAUCAUUAUGAUCUCUGGCCGUAAAGAGAGGUGUGAAGCUGCUGUUGAAGCACUGAAGGCUUUGGUUCCUGUAAGCAUUGUGGUGGAAGUGCCUUUUGAGCUUCAUCGCUACAUCAUUGGUCAGAAAGGAAGUGGAAUCCGCAAGAUGAUGGAUGAAUUUGAGGUUAAUAUUCAAGUGCCUGCUCCUGAGUUACAGUCUGACAUUAUCUCCAUUACUGGCCUGGCCACCCUCCUUGACCGUGCUAAAGAGGGUCUUCUGGAGCGUGUGAAAGAACUACAGGCUGAACAAGAGGAUCGGGCCCUCAGAAGCUUCAAGCUGACCAUCACUGUGGAUCCUAAGUAUCACCCCAAAAUCAUUGGACGCAAGGGUGCCAUAAUCACCCAAAUCCGCAAUGAGCAUGAGGUCAACAUUCAGUUUCCAGAGAAAAAUGAUGAGAACCAGGAUCAGAUUACUAUUACUGGCUAUGAGCAGAAUGCAGUGGCAGCACGUGAUGCCAUUCAGGCUAUAGUUGAUGAACUGGAAGAGAUGAUCUCUGAGGACAUCACCCUGGACAGCAGGGUCCAUGCUCGCAUCAUAGGUGCCCGUGGCAAAGGCAUUCGAAAGAUAAUGGAUGAAUUUAAAGUUGAUGUUCGAUUCCCUCAGAGUGGAGCUUCAGAUCCCAAUUUAGUGACUGUGACUGGUCGCCCAGAGCAAGUUGAUGAAGCCAUUGAUCACCUUCUAAACUUGGAGGAGGAAUAUUUGGCUGAUGUAGUGGAAAAUGAAGCAAAAAUGGCUUAUAUAAAGCCUUCUGGUAGUUCUUCUGCCCAUGGUGGAGAAUCCCGUGGCCCAUCCAAAGGCUUUGUUGUGAGGGAGGCUCCUUGGACCACAGGCAAUGAAAAGGCCCCAGAUAUGAGCAGCUCUGAGGAAUUCCCCAGUUUUGGUGCACCUGUGGCUGCUGCAAGAUCAUCUCCUUGGGGACCCAAACGUUUCUGAAAUGUGUGACCGUCAACGGUUUUGUUUCUCGGGGUGUUCUCCUUAUUGUCCCCCAUUUGAACAAUUUGGAUGUGGAUUGUGACCUUAAUGUAUAAUGUUUUAUUCCUCAACUUGGUUCUGCAAAUAAACAAGGGUCUUAGUGAUUCUCUCUGUGAAAACCUGAACAGUUGGUAAACAUUUCUGUUCAUGGUGAUGAUCUCGACCUGGUCUGCCUCAUUUUUGCUGAAUAUUUGUGUGUGAAUUAGUCAACCUGUUUGCAGUUGCAGAGAAUCAUAAUUGAAGGAUAAAAGAAAUAGUCUUAGCAAUGCUUCAGGUCUGUCAAUCCAGGUUUAAGUACAUUUUUAUGACUUCAUUACAAAAACAUUUUCGUCACAAAUGUCACUUCUUGGGUUUAACAAGCUGCUCUGUUUCAUAGUUGCCUUUGCUAUGGGGUUGGUAAAAAUAUACUACAUACUGCAUACCUCUAAAAUGAUACUUCUGAUUUGAAGUCAAAUUUAUUAAUAGGAAAUGGGUAACCAGCUUUACUUUGCCUCAUACCUUAAGGUAGCCAUUCCUUUGCAGACUUUUCUCUUUUGUUCCCUUAACUUUAUGCAUCUGGUCAGGGAAGUUAUUCCAUGCACCCUUUAAAAUUUUCAAACUUUAAGAAGGACUCUCACUACAUUAGUAUUUUCAAGCUGCCAUUUGCUUUGAUAAUCCCAAGGUUCUUAAACUCUCUAAAAGUUACACUAAGCUUGUUUAAUUUUCCUUUUAAUAUUCAUAAAUGUUUAUUAAGGCCAUUUCACACCUAUCCAACAGACGCCAACAAAAGCAUCUGCUGGGUCGGUGUGAAACACCUGUUGGCAGUUGUUGGAUCAAAGUUAAUGAGACUUUAGAAUGUUGGAAUUUGAUGGAGUUGGACCAGUGUGAAUUGGCCUUUAAAACGGAAGAUGUAACGUGGAAAGACAAAGCAGACACAUUUGUGCCAAUGAAAUAUUAAGGAAUGUUAUGUGUUGCUUAUCUUUGCUAAUGGAUCAGUGUCCAGACCCUUUUUGUCUUCCAAAUGCUAUGCAGGUUGGUCUGAAAACAAUGGCAACAGUCCUCUUUAAUAGCCUUAAUAAUUAUGCAAAAAUGACUAGGUAAACAGUUAAAGAUGACACUGAAAAUAAAUUGUCCAAAAAAGUUUAAUAAAAAUUUAAAAUGUG